AUGUCCACCACGGCCCCAACAAAGGAACUCGGCCAGGGCCUGCUCAAACGACACGAGGGCAUGUCAAUCGACGACUUUCGCAAGCACUACACAGAACGACAUGCUCUAAUCGCUAUCCCAUGGUUCCUAGCCAAUGGCGUGAGCUACUAUGCACAGCAUAAGCUCCAUCGACCACUCUCCUGGACUUCCGAAACAGCAGCAAGCAAAAACGCCGAAAAGAUCCCAAAUCUUACGGAUUGGGAUGCAGGGGUCGAGCUCAAGUUCCUGCCCGGCCAUAGUCUGGAGACGAUGACGAAAGGACAGAGUUACUACCAGGAAGUCAUCAUACCGGACGAGAGGAACUUGUUUCUGACUGUGGCGCUGGAGAAUAUGGAGAGUGUGGAUGCUGAAACUGUCAAGGGCGAGAGGGUGGAGUUCAUUGUAGAUGGGAAGGCAGUUGUGGACUCGAGUGAGUGGCGGAGCGUUUGGGCGAAGUAUGAGGGGCGGGUUUGA